AUGUUGGUGAGCGGGCCUCAGAGCAUACAAGAUGGUGGCACGCUCCAGACUGUGUAUUUGCCAUGUUCGAAGGACGUUCUCAAGUUCAUAGCACAAUUCCGUCAGCAGCAGCUCAAAGCUAUAGAAAGGACAGCAAGAAUUAGAAGAUGCUGUGUUGUGAUCGAAGAAAGAAGAGCCGAGGACAAGAUCUUUUUAACGGGAAUAGGGGAAGGCUUAGCAGAUGCGGUGGAGAUGGUUGAAACUCUCAUUGACAGAGUUGUCUGUGACAGUUAUGACUUCAAACAGCCCGGGAUCGCAACCUACAUUGCAAAUGGCAGAUUAGAUAGUUUGACCAGGAUUGUCAAUAAUGAAGAGAAGUGUUACGUACGCCUUGAAAAAAAAUAUCUUCAUAAGAGGUCUUCUAGUUCUAGCACAAGUGGAUUAGAAGCAACACCCACGGAUCCAAACGCGUCCUUUGGCACUGCGGGUGUUUCAGCCAAUGGCGGCAACCCAAGCGUCAAGUCAGCGGAUUCGUUCGUCAUAAUUACACAACAUGGACACAAGGUCUCUUGGAAGGUUGGAGAUAUCGCCACUGAACAGGUUCGUGAUUCGUGAUUGUACUUAGAAACGUAUCACUAAACUUUAAUCACUCGUUAGACGAAGGGGAAGGCAUCCUAAUGUUACCUUUUUUCAGGAGCACAUAACCCGGAGCAAACAACUUCCAUGUACUCGAGCUCGUAAGCGUGUUUUCACCGACCAGUUUAUUUUUAGAACGAUUUUGGCGCGAAUUUAGAAUAGCCUUCUAGUCCCACAAACCAGUCAGCAAAACCUACAGACCUCAAAAUGGUAUUUUUGACCUUUUAAUGAAGUUAAGUUUUCCUUUUAAUAUUUCAUACGUCGAAUACAAUUAUAAACGAAGGGGACCAUUCCUUUUUGGAGUUUGAAAAGGUGCUCUAACAUAGAAUAAACCACUCGUUAAAACACCGUGACGUAGCCUAUUAUUAGAGUUGCUCGCUCCGGGGUAUGCGAUUUCGCUUUUUUGUUGCUCUACACGGGAAAAUUUUUCGAGAUGUUGAUGGGGUCUCCCAUGUGCCGCCCCCCACCCUAUCUUGCUUUUAGUAAGGGUCGAGGAAACUAGAAAGUUUGUACUACCCGGCUCUCGAUCUUUUAAUCGCCAAUCCAUUACCAAAAUCCCGUAUUAAGCGCUUCAUCUCAAACAAGUCCCUCCCCCUUUUCAGUGGAAAAAAUUGAUAAACCUCUCCUCUCUUUUACGCCCCCUGCCCUCUUCCUUAUUAUUCGUGGCGUGGCCCAAGAUACUUAACUGAACGCGUAACAAAUAACUCUGUUUUUUUAGGCCCAUACACUUGUUAGCUCCCAGGGUGUCUGUUCAAAAGCCAUAUUCGCUGCUGCUGGCCCGGACAUUGUAAAAAUCUUUCACACUCCACAGCCGGGGGAAAUCGUAGUUACCCCUGGUUACCAGUUGGCAUGUAGUCACGUGUUACAUACGUGUUGUUCUAAAUGGGAUGGAGGCAACGGAGAAGUGGUAAGUGAAUUGUAUUCCGAAAAUAUUCCGCACGACGCUAUGUAUAUUUUAUUCAUUUUUCUUUUUUAUUUCUGUACCUUUCAUACAUACUUCAUAUCAUUUUUACGCUCUUACACAUUUUAUCUUACACCUAUAUUGUAUAUACAUAGCGUCGCGCGGAACAUUUUGUCAUCCCUGAUGAUGCAGUUGAUAGGCGAAAGCUUGGACUGUAAUUUAAUCAGUCGUUUAAGGCCUCACUAGAACAAUAUUUUUAUUUUUAAAAUCAUGCUGCUGAAGGACAACAUGAAUAGAUUAUUAAAAUUUUAGUAUUUCUUCUUUUUCUUUUUUCUGAAAUCCUUAUCGUUUAAUUAUCUCUGCUCUUAAAUUUUUAGACUUUACGAUCCAUUGUGCGGGCAUCUAUUCUCAAGGUUGGCGAGCUCGGAGGAGAUUCGAUCGCCUUUCCUAUAAUUGGAACAGGAAAUCUGUGCUUUCCUCCGCGCGAAGCGGGCAGGAUAAUGUUGGAUGAAGCGGUAACAGUGUGCCAAAAUAACCCCCUCAUCUCAGUGAAAGAUGUUCGAUUUGUUUUGUAUCACGGAGAUCAGGGACUCAUCGAUGCUUUUACGCAAGAGGGAACGAGCUUACAAAAUAAAUAUCGCAAGACGGUAGAGGUUGUUACAGGUAAAGUUGUCAGAGUCUUGCCCUGCCUUUUGACAUUUGCUGUGGUUUCUUUCACCUCUACUAACUAUGCUCUCAGAGACACUCUUCUUUUAACUGAUUUGUUAUUCAUAAUAGAAUGUGACGCUACCCACUUAGCUAAUCCCCCCUCAAUCCAAUGCAAGUGCCUUGUAUGUCUUGAUGCCUGUAAACGGCAUUGAAGGGAACUCUGGUUCUUGCCGAAAAGCUGUAGGCAGAAAUCGGUAAGUUCUGCUACCAACUGCCUGCUGCCACAAAUCACGAAUUUUUCUUGUCUUUGAAGGCGAUCUCACACAAGAGACAACAGAGGCCAUUGUGAACAUCAUCCACACAGACAUGAAUAUGAAUUCCGCCGGAGACCUCAGUAAAGCAAUAGCUAGGGCCAGCGGUGCGCAAGUGGAAGACGAAUGUAGAAGCUUAGGCCAGCGGCCUGUAGGGACAGCGGUGAUAACAAGUGGCGGUAACCUGGCAACGCCAAACAUUGUUCACAUGGUUGUAAAUUCCUCUGACAAAAAUCACCUCCAGCAGUGUCUUGAACGAUGCCUUCAAUUGGCUGACACAACAGGAUUAAAGACUAUCUCAUUGCCCGCGGUGGGGACUGGAGCGGGUGGAAUUGCGGGUGUCGACUCAGCCCAAUUAACAUUCAGAGCUUUAAAAAACUCUCUGGAGAACUGUAUGAACUUGCGUCACGUUAGGAUCGUCUUGUUCCAGGCCAGUUUGAUGCAGGCUUUCUUGGACGAAAAAAAGGUUAUGGAGCAACAAGACAAUACACAACCAGUUCCAAGUUCAACAGGCGAACCGCCAAGAAAAAAGAUCAAGACAGAGCAAGAUGCACAGUCACACCAGUCCAACAAGAACAGACUUGUAAUUCAUGUAGCAGGACCCAGUAAAGCUGGUGUAAAGAGAGCCAUGGAUACGCUGAAACGUGGCAUUGCAGAAGCUUUUACAAGUCAGGUGGUCCAUCACAAAAACGUCAGUGAUCUGUCUAAAAACCAAGUCAGUGAUCUAAGCAAGGACGCCAAGUCACGUGAUGUCAAACUGAUCUUGAAGGUUAAGGGACAAGAUAAAAGUUUUGUUGUGCAGGGUGAGCACAGUAAAGUGGCAGAAAUAGUCGGGAAGAUCUGGCACCAACUGAAUGAGCAGACAGAGAGAAAAAGGGAGGCAGAAAACGCCAAUUUUCCAGGUAAACCGUCUUUUGUUUUAAUAUUAGUUCACAUGUGCAAUUUUAAAACUGAGGUUUAUAGUAUUUAUUAUGUCUUCCAUUUUAUACGCGUACUUGGAAUUGGUUAGAUUUACUACUGUACGCGCAGAAUUACUUAGUUGUAGGUAAAAGGCUCGUCCACGGACAACAACCCUCUACAGCACUGAGACCGCAAACGAAAUGCUCAUUCAAGUUACUUUAACCCUUUAAGUCCCAAUUGUGACCAACAUCAAUUUUCUCCUAACAAUAUCCUUACAAUGUCAAGAGAUUAGGUUAUGAGGAUGAAUUAAAUGAUCACCAAAGAGAAAAUGCGUUGAUCCUUUAUCAAACUCUCUCAACUUGUUCUUUAAAGAAAUGUAUAGAGAUCAGUUUGGAGAAUUUGCUUGUGGAUAUUGGGGCUUAAAGGGUUAAAGCUUUCCGGCCUAAUAAACAAAAAGGUCCCACCCACAGAUACAAGAUCAAGAUUUUUCUUUAAAAUGUGACCCAAGUGACAAUUGUGUGUAGAAAUUGGCCACACUGAACUUUUUGGUUUUCUUACGUAACUUAAAAGGUCUUAUACAAGAAAUAAUGAACUCAUCGUUUUGCGCAAGAAAAACAGCAAGUUUUACAGUCAAAACAAGGUCAACCCUAACCUAGUAUUAAUUAACCCAAAGGCUAAGGUACUAACGAAGUCUAUUAAACUGCUUAUAGUAAUGUCUCUUCCUAAAAAUUGGGAGCCAAUGCCUCGCAACCAAGCCGGAUUUGACGUCACUGUACACGCGGUAAAUCUUGCGCCUACCUCUGUUGAGUACCAAGCUGUGGCGACUACAUUUUACCAGACUGUGGGAAAUUAUUCUAUAUCGGGCAUCGAAAGAAUACAAAAUCCUCAUCUAUACCAAUCGUACCAGCUUAGAAAGCAGAAAAUGGACAAAGACAACGGCGGAAAUAAUGAGCGGCAAUUGUUUCAUGGUACAAGUCCUGACAAUGUCUCCAAGAUCAACUCACAAGGAUUCAACAGAAGUUUCUCAGGAACUGCUAGCGGUAUGUAUACAACGACGCUCAUAGGCCAUAAUCUUGUUUCACAACAAUUUUAAGGUCCUCUCCAGACUAAUGCGAGUUGGAAAACCUUGUUGACAAAAACUUAUCGAAGGGUCAUAUUGGCAUUUUCACCGUUUGCAACCUUUCAUACUAAAGCACUGACAGAGUCGAAGCCGGCGUAAUCAGAAGCGUAGAGCGUUGUGGUUCAGUGAAAACAGCAUUCCGAUUCCCGGCCCUUACGAUUUUGUGGAAACUAGACUGGCAAGUCCCAUACAAAAGCUGAACAACGGGUGUUACUAAACAGAGUGAAAAAAGUUUUUUAAUGAACCCAAAACAACGUUUUGAUUCUUGGGACUUUGACUCUGGCGAACUUAUUGAAUUCGCACACAACUCCGAUUUGUGAUUUUCACUAGGUCAUACUAAGCGUUCUUACGACUCUUCUUACGACUCCGACUCCGAUUCUGUCGCUGGUGAAGAACGAGCCUUGAGCAUAUCUGGUGAUACUUUUAGUUCCCAGGCUUUUCUGUGUGGUGUUUGUAAGUCAGAGAUCAAAUGGUGACUUUAAGGCUAGAGAAAUUAUUCGAGUUUGGACAAAACGCAAGUGAAAUUAUUCCCUAAUUUCGCAAGUAUACUACUUGAUUACCUAUUAAUAGUAUCAUGGUGGCAAAUUAAGCUCGCAAACGUGGAGAUUUGACCUGUUGAUCGUAUCGAUCGAGAACUCCGCGCACUGAAAAGUUUAGAGCUUGAAUUUUGGCUUAAGUUCAUAACUUUCAGAAUUUUUCAACAAACUACCUGAUAGAAUAGCUUUUGAUGUGCUCUUUCGUACGUUUAGGUUUUCUAAAGCGCCUUUAAUGCACUGACAGCUUCAUUCAUAACAGUUUAAAAUCUUGACGCCAUCUUAGCAAUUAACGUUUCGCGCGCCAAAAUUAAGAAGUAAUUUGUCACCCAUGAUAUUUAUAAUAUCUUUAAUUUCCGCGUUUGGUCUGGUUAAGUGUGGAUCCCGGUAGUACAUCAUUAGGUUUGAAGUCAGGGUAUUCAGAAACCUUCGAUAUUUCCCGUCCACAGUAAAAGGACAGACCUAUGAUUUCAAGUCUCUGCGUGUGUGAGAGUUUUCGAAAGCCAUCCUGGUCUAGAAGUCAUAUAAAAAAUACACGAGAGGGGUAUUUUUUCACAUAUCAAACACCGAAAAAGGGGUUAAAAAUAUAAAGCAAGCGAAGUAUAGUUUUGACGUGUUUCGUUACACGAACGCCUUAUAAAAAUGCGUUUUUUAACUUGCGCCAUGUUAUGUCGCCUCGCCAUUGCUAUCGGCAACACGCACGCGAAAACGAAUCCGGGACCAGAAAUAAGACGCGAACCAUUUGUAAGAACUACUCGCGUCUUAUGUGAGACAUACUGGUAUAAAUGGUUUAGAUCACGUCUUAUUUUCCUUGCUUAAUUACUGUGUCGCGUGUUUUAAAUGGCUUACCAAGAGCUUUUUCAACAAAGUAAACACAUGAAUUUCUUCAUGAGAAAACUUCUCUUGAUUGUCCGAAAAGUCACAGUGCACGAUUUUGUCAAAUACUCCGUGGAAUAUUUGCCUCCUCUUCUAGAAAAUUUACCUUAUGUUUUCGAUGUACGUCAUUUUGAAAAUUAUAUUAACAGUCAAUUAUAUCAAUUAUUUAAUGACACAGGGACUGACUUUGGGAAAGGAGUUUACUUCGCUAGAGAUGCGUCAUUUUCAGUAGGUUACGCCAACAGAUCCCAAGUUGGUGUUGGUAACCGAUGCAUGUACGUUGCUAAAGUCCUGGUGGGUCAGUAUUGCAAAGGGACCAAUCGUCAAUCCGUGGUACCUCCCCCAAAGGAUCCUUCCAAACCGGAAGUGUUGUUUGACUCUGUGGUGAAUGAUGCUGAAAACCCGUCCAUAUUUGUGGUAUUCUUUGACAAUCAGUGCUAUCCUGAAUAUCUUAUCAAAUUUUAA